GUUCUAUCUAAGGCUGCUGCGAGCACCCUGCAAGUCCGUGGCUCAGAGCCCACUCGGGGGCAUGCCCCCCUCCAGGGGUCUACACGCGGGGCGCUGGCCCCGAAGGCUCUCCAUCGAAGGCAACAUUGCCAAAUCAAAAACAUGGAAAGGAAUGAGACGGGAAGGUCCUGCUACCUGCCUGAGGGUGUUAUUUCAAGGUGUUCUGUCCUGUACUUUGGGAACAGCAAAGGAAGCUCUGUCCUCAGAGCCCAGAGAGGAACACUUCACAAACUGUGGGGAAGUCCACCUUUGUGAAGCUACUCGCGAAAACCUACCCAGAGUGGCACGUAGCUACAGAACCUGUAGCAACAUGGCAGAAUGUCCAGGCUGCUGGAACCCAAAAAGCCUUCAGUUAAUGGUGACUGAAUGAAUGCAGAUCCAGAAUGCUUUGCUCAGAACUCACUUUUGCACUGAGUCAGUGGCAGAGCCCAGGGGAGGAACCCAGGGUUCCUGAGCACCUUACACAUGUUCCCACCUGCACCUGCUGAGCCGGCACAGCUCCAAAUCUCGGAAACUUGCUGGAUAUGAUGUACCAGAAGCCGGCACGAUGGUCCUACACGUUCCAGACGUUUUCUUUUAUGAGCCGCCUGAAAGUACAGUUGGAGCCCUUACCUGAGAAACUCUUAGAGGCCAACAAGGCAGUACAGAUCUUUGAGAGGUCUGUGUACAGUGACAGGUAUAUCUUUGCAAAGAAUCUUUUUGAGAACGGUUCCCUCAGUGGCAUGGAAUGGCAUAUCUAUCAGGACUGGCAUUCUUUUCUCCUGCAGGAGUUUGCUAGCCGGCUCGGAUUGCAUGGCUUCAUCUACCUCCAGGCUACUCCCCAGGUUUGCUUGAAGAGACUGCGCCGGAGGGCCAGGGAGGAGGAGAAGGGAAUUGAGUUGGCCUAUCUCGAGCAGCUUCAUGGUCAACACGAAGCCUGGCUUGUCCACAAGACAACCCCGCUCCACUCUGAGGCCCUGCUCAACAUUCCAGUGCUGGUGUUGGACGUCAAUGAUGAUUUUUCUGAAGAAGUAACCAAACAAGAAGAGCUCCUGAAGAGGGUAGACACCUUUGUAGAGAAUCUGGAACCAAUACCGUGAUGUUCUAGCUGUGACCUGGGCUCUCUGACUUUCUGAAGCCAGACGGAUGCAGAGCCACCCACCUUCCCACCCGCACUCCCAUGUCCGUUUACCCCCAGAGCGCCCUCAGCGGUUGUCAGCGGCAGCACCUAGUGCGACUGUGUUUCUGUCAUCCUUAGACCCAGCCCCAUCUUCUUUUGUGUUUCAAGGACUUCUUAAAGUCUGAGUGUUGGUUAUCUUGCUAA